AACAGUGGAUCUGUGUGCCAUUUAUGAUGACCAACCCAAACUCAAUGGACAUCACUCUGACCGCAUUCAACGAGACGUUCCAGGCCCCCUGGGUCGGCAAGCUGGAGCUUAGAGACGCGGGGAAGUGGAUUGACGACUUCAUGGUCCUGGCUCUGGGAGGCCUGGCCUAUCAGGCCUUCUACCAGAGGAUCCUAUCAGCGUCGUCCUACACCCAGGCUCAGGUCACCUGCUUCGCCUCCUCAGCUUUCUGCCUGGUGCUGGGCAUCCCGUCUGUCUUGGUGGGGGCUGUCGCUGCAUCCACAGACUGGAACCUGACUAGCUAUGGUUCUCCGACCCCAUACGAGCGUGGCCAGGCCGGGUCCAUCCUCCCCAUCGCCCUGCAGUACCUCACCCCCUCCUACGUCUCCAUCAUCGGCAUCGGGGCCGUCUCUGCCGCCGUGAUGUCAUCCAUGGACUCCGCCCUCCUCAGCUCCGCCUCCAUGUUCUCCUCCAACAUCUACAAGAACAUCAUCAGGAAUCAGGCCUCAGACAGGGAGAUACAGUGGGUGAUCCGUACCUCGGUGGUGGUGUGUGGCCUGGCGGGGACGGCCCUGACCUUCCUGGAUAACAGUGUUCUGGUUUUCUGGCUGGUGGGCGUCGACAUGUCAUACACAAUCAUGUUCCCACAGCUUGUCUGUGUCCUCUUCUUCAAGGUGUCCAACGGCUACGGUGCCAGUGUGGGGUAUCUCCUAGCGUUGGUCCUCCGUAUCCUGAGUGGGGAACCCCUCAUCAACCUUCCCCCUGUCAUCCACUUCCCUGGGUUCAGGAAGGACGCGGAGGGCGUGAUGACCCAGUUCUUCCCGUUCCGUACCACCAUCAUGUUGACGUCUCUCUGCUCCAUCCUCGUCGCCUCCGGCGUCACCUCCGUCAUCUUCAACAAGGGCCUGCUGUCGGAGAGGUGGGACGUGUUUCAGAUCAAGAGGUCGCAGGCCAAAGUGACAGCGCUGACCAGGGUUAAGAAAGAAGAGAGUAAAAAGGACUGUGUGGAGGCCAAGGAGGCGGUGGUGAACAAGCAGCUUCUGGACACCAGCUGCUGGACAGAGGGGGACGAUGGAAACUGAGGACGGCCAUGGGUGGAUUGAGUGGGUGAGCAUCACAGGAGGCUGCUGAGGGGCCAUGUUGAGGCAAAGGGUUUUGUUUGGUCGGGCGGGCUAACAUUUUGUGUUUCUGCUGAGGACUCUAAGGAUUUUGGAGACGGGAGGAUGGUCGAAAAACACGCAACAACAACAACAACAACAACAACAGAAAGAACACCCAUUAUGACAUCAUAAAGCAUUGUGUUGCUGGUAAAAAAAAAUGUCCAGACACUCGGCAGUUUCCAGUGACCCGGGCUAGUUACACAAAAACAAUGUCGCGAAGACCAACGGCAGCUCUGGGAGAGACGUUCUAAUGAACGGCAUUUCCUGUUCCACAAGGGGUGGAGUUUUAUUUUGUCUGACUUUCUUUAUUGCGACAAAUGAUCGAAACUGUGUUUUUUUUUUCAAAUCAACAAUGAUUUUGCCGAAUAACUUUUAAAAGGUACACGGGGCACGUGAUGUCAAAGCAGUUUAUACCCUACGGUUCUAAAUGCCUACUGCUUGCUAAAUCUAUUUUUUAAACUACAACGUUUUUUAUGUUUAUUUGCAGGGAAAAGGAUUGUCUUGACUUUCCAGAAUGCCUGAAUUGCCCUCGCUUUGCUUUUCUGAUUGGCUGGAUGCAAGUUUCACCAUCCAAUUAUUACAGAUCUACAGGAGAGGACGUUUCACCGUGGCAACAACUAGGCACAUGAGAAUGAUUCAAAUAUGGCAACUAUUAGUCAAUUCUCACGCAAAAUGUGUUGUUGUAGGUGUGAACUCACUACGUCCAGUUGUUAUCAACACAAGACAUUUGAAAGGAAACACACCUUAACAGGCAUCUGUCUUCUAGUCCAACUUUCUACAUCUCGACAAAAGUUCAUGGACAUUUUUUUGUGUGUGUUUGUUUGUGUUUUGUGGGUCAGUUUUGACCCUGUGAUUUGGGGGGUGAAGGGUAGAGACUGAGAAACAACUAUCCGAUUGAUCCUCUCUGAAUAUAACUUGUAUACUGUAACUCUGGCUCCCUAGUGGCUGUAUCGCAUCCGGCCGUGAUUGGACGGCACACAGUUGUCCCAGCGUCGUCCGGGUUUGGCCGGGGGAGGCCGUCAUUGUAAAUAAGAAUUUGUUCUUAACUGCUCUUAAUUGUUCUUAACUGACUUGCCUAGAUACUCCUCUCCACCCCCCCUCCUCUUUCUCCUUCACCUCAUCCCCUCUACUCCCCUUUUUCUCCUUCCACUCUCUACCCCUCUCUGGCCAGAUCCAGCAACGCAAACAAAACCUUUCUCUGUUUUCUAAGAGGUUUUUGUACAGUAUAGUUGUGUUCUAUGGUUCUAUAUGCAGAGCUGUGGUUUACAUGGAGGUCCAACAUCUUUUUGUUUGUGUGUUUUUAUUUUAAUUUUCAUACCAAACAAAUUGUUGUACAGAGAGAACCUCUCUAUUUCUGAACUCCAAAUGUACAAGCCCCUAAUUCCUAGGUCCUACACCCUUUAAACUAGGGCCCUACACCCUAGCCCCUUUAAACUAGGCCCCUACACCCGAGCCCCUUUAAACUAGGCCCCUACACCCUAGCCCCUUUAAACUAGGCCCCUACACCCUUUAAACUAGGGCCCUACACCCUAGCCCCUUUAAACUAGGCCCCUACACCCUAGCCCCUUUAAACUAGGCCCCUACACCCUAGCCCCUUUAAACUAGGGCCCUACACCCUAGCCCCUUUAAACUAGGCCCCUACAGUCUAGCCCCUUUAAACUAGGGCCCCCACCCUAGCCCCUUUAAACUAGGCCCCUACACCCUAGCCCCUUUAAACUAGGCCCCUACACCCUAGCCCCUUUAAACUAGGGCCCUACACCCUAGCCCCUUUAAACUAGGCCCCUACAGUCUAGCCCCUUUAAACUAGGGCCCCCCACCCUAGCCCCUUUAAACUAGGGCCCUACACCCUAGCCCCUUUAAACUAGGCCCCUACAGUCUAGCCCCUUUAAACUAGGGCCCCCUACCCUAGCCCCUUUAAACUAGGCCCUGCAGUCUAGCCCCUUUAAACCAGGGCCUGACAUCCUAGCCCCUUUAAACUAGGCCCCUACAGUCUAGCCCCUUCAAACUAGGCCCCUACACUCUAGUCCCUAUGCCUUAGCUUCUACUACUUAGCCCCUACAUCUUAGCCCCUAGAUGUCAAACUCAUUCCACGGAGGGCAGAGUGUCUGCAGGUUUUCGCUGCUGCCUUGUAUUUGACUGAUGAAUUAAGGUCACUAAUUAGUAAGGAACUCCCCUCACCUGGUUUCCGAGGGCUUAAUUGAAAGGAAAAACCUAAAACCAGCAGACAACGAGGCCCUCCAGAGAAUGAGUUUGACACCCCUGUCCUAGACACUCCUAUGGAUCUCAUAUUAGCAUCACGGUGACGCUUUCAUCUGGCCUUUUUAUGAUUGGCUGGGUGGAACUGUUACCCUAAUGCUUCCACCAAUCAGAUCCUCUCAGAUCUACAGUAGUGGCCAGGAGGGAGGGGCUACAGUGCCUGAUUUGGAAUUCAGAAUGUUUGAGUGACAGUUGUAGAAGAGGUCUAUUAUAUCGUUUCCUUGAUUUCAUUGGAAAUACAUUUUUCACUUUACCUGACAUUGACUGUAUCACAAAGCGACACCAUAUGUAUGUGUGUAUAUAUAUAUAUAUGUAUGUGUGUAUAUAUAUAUAUAUGUAUGUGUGUAUAUAUAUAUAUAUGUAUGUGUGUAUAUAUAUAUAUAUGUAUGUGUGUAUAUAUAUAUGUAUGUGUGUAUAUAUAUAUAUAUAUGUAUGUGUGUAUAUAUAUAUAUGUAUGUGUGUAUAUAUAUAUAUAUAUGUAUGUGUGUAUAUAUAUAUGUAUGUGUGUAUAUAUAUAUAUAUAUAUGUGUGUAUAUAUAUAUAUACAGCACCAGUCAGACGUUUUGGACACACCUACUCAUUCAAGUGUGUUUUCUUUAUUUGCACUAUUUUUGUCAUUGUAGAAUAAUAGUGAAGACGUCAAAACUAUGGAAUAACACAUAUGGGAUCAUGUAUAUUCUUCAAAGUAGCCACCCUUUGCCUUGAUGACAGCUUUGUACACUCUAGGCAUUCUCUCAACCAGCUUCAUGAAGUAGUCACCUGGAAUGCAUUUCAAUUAACAGGUGUGCCUUGAGGCAGUCUAUACUAUUAACCAGGAUCCAGUUUCCGAUUAACUUAGCCUUAAGAUGCUUUUUUUGGGACAUCGGCUCCUGGACCCAAAGGGCUCUGGUCUAAAGUAGUACACUACAUAGUGAAUAGGGUACCUAUUGGGACACAACCAGUAAGAACAAACAUGCUUUAGCUAGUUAUUGAAUGAUGUGUUUAGUUUCCCUGCGACAUGAACAGAACUGAUACAGCACUGAGGACCCUGCGGACGGACGACCAGGCCUUUUUUAUACGUGUGAAUUGUGAUUUGUAAUAUACUCUUGCACUGUACAGUCUUCGCUUUAGAUAUUAUGAAGUAUAUAUUAUAUACUGUUUUAUCAAAGAGCAACAUGUAGCCAAAGAACAGUUCUGUUGCAAAAUGCUUCUUAAAAAUGGAAGCAAAUGAAAAAGAGGAGGGACUUAAGGGUCGUACCUCCAGGGUCGUGUUCAUUAGGCACCGAACGGACUGAAACAGGGAAGGACUACCUGGACUAUUUUUCAUUGUGUGUUGCAAAUCCCUAUCCAUUUAGUGUCCUAAUGAACACAACCCAGUUGUGUUAUGUACUUAGUUAGCACAUGUAGUUGAAUUCAAAAAGCAUCGGUGGUAUUCUGUGCAGCAGUAUGGAGGCUUUAAUCAGUGGGGGAAGACUGGAGAGCUGUAGAUGGGAGGCUUUAAUCAGUGGGGGAAGACUGGAGAGCUGUAGAUGGGAGGCUUUAAUCAGUGGGGGAAGACAGGAGAGCUGUAGAUGGGAGGCUUUA